AAUCUAUUUGAAUUUGAUUGGAAAAAGAAAAUUAAAUAAUAUUUUGUCGCGUGAAAACAAAUUACAAUCGGUGCGUUCUCAUCGGUUUGUUUGGAUUAAGACAUUUUACGAUUAUUUUCUUCUUGUAUACAGUAAAAAUGAUAUUAGGUGAAGCAAUUUUAAAGGCCAUUGGCGAGAUGAACGAGAUUGAAGUAAUCGAACAAACAAUAAGAAAGACAUUAGAGAACGAGAUAGCUAAACAAGUGACUAUGAAUGUUCCCUUGACUCGUAGUCAACCAGAUAACAUGGACACACAUAUCCAAAAUACCAAUGUAAAUAAUACGGAAACUGAACCAGAAAAUAGGUCAAGUGACACCAGUGAAAACCCGAAUCAAAAAAGAAGAUUGUCCAGUUCGGACGAAACAGAACAAGCUCCGAAAAAAUGUCGGCUUCCCGAUGAAUUAUUGGAUGAAAGACUUUCGGAGCUUGUAAAAUCGUGUCGCAACUACGAGUGUCCCAUUUGCGAAGAAAUAUGUCCGAAAGAUGAAUUCCAAAAACACUCGGACGAUUAUCAUGGAUCAGAGUCCACAAAAAAAAAAGAUAAUAAAAUUCAUGAUUCUUGAUAUUAUAAUUUAUAUAAUAUAAUUUAUUUAUUUUUUUUAACUUAACGAACAAAAUUCAAAACUGAGCGCAGAUUUUAAAUAAAAAACG